AUGACAGAACCCCUAGCCUCCAAACUAGAUCGCAUGCUUGAUGAGUUGACCCAAUGCAACCAUGCCAUUGAAUCCACCCUAAAGGAGGAACAAGCAUUUUCAUUUCCACAACAUCAACACGAAUCUUCUCUCCUCUCACUCACUAACUCGCUCGUACAGAAAAUUUCUCAAAUUCGUAAGCAAGCCAAUAACGGAUCGAAUCCAGAUCAAACACACGUCAUUCAACACAUUCUCGAACGUGUUCAACAAGACUUUUCAAAGGCCAUCCACCUCGUGCAACAAAAGAAAACAUCCAAGGAUGAUGGUCAGCAUGCAUUGACAACACAAAAAUCAUAUCAUUACAACAUUGAAAACUACUUCCCUCAUUCCUUUUCCAAAAUUAAUCAACUCUCAUACGACUCUCAAGAAGGACUUUCCUAUCUCACUCCUCAUCGGGAUGCAUUUGAAAUUGCAACCAUCCUUCUCGAAAAAUUAUGUCACUUGUCCACGCACCCUAGAAAGAGCAAUGACAAUUCUACCCAUGCUUCAUAUCCACUCCACAUCAUUGACGGUACAGGAGGACUUGGAGGAAACACCAUUGGAUUUCUGAGAGCUCUUUGGAAAUUAUAUCCUUCUCAAGUUUUAAAUCAAACCCGAAUGACUAUGAUAGAAUUAGAUGCUAAACGCUACGAAUGUGGAAAACAUAAUGUUGAACUCUUUGUCAACGAUUUCAAUGAAAAGAACCGAGCUGUCUCUUGCGAAUUUCAUGCUGUGAAUGAUAAUUUUUUAACAUGGUGGAAUGAAUGGAAAAAUUCCAUAACAGAAAAUUCAUCCCACCAUGCCAAAAGUAUCCAAUCAGAGAGUAUUGGAAGAUCAGCAAUCUCUGUGGACUCCUCUCAGCUCCCUCUCAGCAAAACUUUUAUCUUUUUUGAUCCUCCUUGGGGUAAUGAAGAUUAUAGUCAACAUUCAGUCAUUGAAGAUUUGUAUUUUCUAAAGCCAACAACAACCAUAGAUCCUGCAACAACAUCCAAUUCUCAUACCAAUGUGGGUGGCACUAGUGCGACUUCCCAAAGUACUAAUCCAUCUGAAUGUUCCUCCUCCUCGAACACACAUCACUUCAGAUUAGCCAGUGUGAAACAAAUCACUCGUGCACUGUUGAAUGACGACAGGGUUCAAGGAGUGGCCCUCAAAGUGCCUUUCAACUUUUCCGAGUCGAGUGAUGAUUUUGCCAAGCAUUGCCAUGUUGAAUAUGUGGUCAUGAAGAAAGUGAAAUACCUGUUGGUCCUUCCCAAGAAGAAGGUUGUGUAUCAUUAA